GAGGCCGAGGCAGAGGAGGCGAGGGGCGGCCCGACGCGGGGAGGGAGCGAGGCGAGCGGUCAUGUGCCCGUGCCCCCUGCACCGCGGCCGCGGCCCGCCGGCGGUGUGCGCCUGCAGCGCGGGCCGCCUGGGUCUGCGCUCGUCCGCCGCGCAGCUCACGGCCGCCCGGCUCAAGGCGCUCGGCGACGAGCUGCACCAGCGCACCAUGUGGCGGCGCCGCGCGCGGAGCCGGAGGGCGCCGGCGCCCAGCGCGCUCCCCACCUACUGGCCCUGGCUGUGCGCGGCCGCGCAGGUGGCGGCGCUGGCGGCCUGGCUGCUCGGCAGGCGGAACUUGUAGGAACGCGGGGCUUCUUGGUGGGGCCGGAGCCGAGACCCAGCCGGAGCGAGCAACAGGUUGGUGAAAACCCUGUGUCCUUGGAGAAAGCCGGUUCCCAUUUUCCUGAGGGGGGAGCCCAGAGCUUGAAAGGCCGCAGUUGGCACUUCGAGAAGGAAGUGGAGAAUAAAGACGGCGGCGCCUAGAGCAACAGUGGCAACGCGGAAUGGGACUGGGGAAGCCCUCUUUGAUAUCCAGCUGCAGAAACAGACACCCCAACGCUAUUUACAUACAGCUCUAUAUAUAUAGAAAAAGAAAAUAUGAAUAUUAUUCUUCAGUGCAUGCCUUGUCGAGGACGUGGUUCCCUCCCUUUUCUGCACCUUCCGAUGUGAACUUUGAUGCUCUUUCAUGUCUGGGGCACUGGAAGAGAGAUGCUUACUGUGUACCUAGAAAUUUUGCAAAGACUGGUGGGAAUUAGCCUCAGAGGCGACCAACUGCCUGGGAAGGGAUGCCGGUGGAGGAGGAGGAGGUGAAAGUGCAAAAAACAAAAUAGAAAAAAAAAAAAAGUGAGGACUCAGGGCCAGUUUUGUAGGGGCAGUCUGGGAUACCUCCAUUUCUAAGUCUUGACAAGUCCGAGCCUCUCUCUCUCUACCUACCUAGAUAGAUGGCCAGUCCCACUGUCAUCAAGACAAAUGCAUUUCCCCCCCACUACCAAUCUGGUGUCUCUGGUGCUUCGCUUAAAUUUUGC